AUGACGAAGGUUAUAUUGUAUAGAGAUCCUAUAACAGAGAACGAUUUCGAGAACGAUGUGGCGUCCAUGGUGGAGUCCAUCCUGAAUUCCUUCCCCGAGAUGCCCGUCCUGAUAGUCUGCGAUGAGCUGCCGUAUCCACCGUUGGAGCUGGACUUCGCCAACGAGAGUAUGAAGAAUGUCAAAUUGAUCAGCUUACGGCCCGAGUUUAACAGGUCCUUCGAGGAGAGGAAUCCACUGUUCUACAUACGCACCAAGUUUGUUCUGUUCCUGCCUGAUGCAACGAGGUUGUCGACUAAGCAAGUUGUGCAGGAAGCUGUCUCACAGGCGUCAAAUUUGGGGAUAGUUAUUGUACCAGUGGGCAAGACCUCCUUGCAUUGUCUCGAACUAGAUUUAAGGGUGAAGGAAUGGAGUUUGAGGAUAACACGAGUUACGGGAACGGAAUGUGACAGUGUAAUAGGCAAACAUGUAACAAUGCUCGAAGCGAGGAUUCUAAGGAAACUAUCGGAUCCAUUCCUGCAACCAUUCACACGCAUUAUCAUUCAAACGACAGCUAUCGGCGCGAAGAUACACAUAUUGAAGAAUCGGUUCAACGAAGGGAAACCAUUGUAUAGAAACCAACAGACUCAGUUCAGGGUGCAGCAGUUGUAUCGCACGCGUGAGCGAUUGAUGUUUGAGAAAUUGCGAAUAAAAAAAGUCACGAGAGCCACCGGCUCCGCGGAGUGGUACGGCUGUUCGCGAGAGACAGCCAGGUGCUUCGGCUCAGUGAUAAACGGCGUGCCGUCGUACCUCUACCUGCAUCGAUACACGCCGCCUUGUUGCCUGGCCGGACUGAGGAGGGUGGCUCAUCACGUUAUCGACCAGCUGGAAGAAGUUGGCAUACGAUUCUGGCUGGAGGGCCAGUCACUGCUGGGAGCGGUGAGGCACGGCGACAUUCUGCCGUGGGAUCACGAAGUACAAAUUGGAUUGAACCGAGACGACCUGGCGAGGUCGCUGUGGCUGGUCAGAGCCGGGAGCAAACCGGUCGUUGACGACGACGGCUUCAUCUGGGAGAAGGCGACCGAGGGCGAGUUCUUCAAGGUACAAUAUUCCAGGGUGAAUCGCUUGCACGUGAACCUGCUGCCAUUCUACGCACGGAACGGCACCAUGACGAAGGACGCGUGGUUUCUGAAGAACCGGGACUUCCCGGAGCACUUCCUGCACCCGAUGUCGAGCAUCGAAUUCGCCGGUAGACAAGUGCCAAGUCCGAAUAAUAUUAGGGACUUCCUAGAGCUUAAGUAUUACAAGGGUGUGAUAGAGAAUCCAGAAUUACCUGGCAAAUUUAUCUUUGACUAGUCCAUUCACAGGCUGUUUUCGAAAACUGUUCUACGACGAUUUAUCAUUUGUUGUCUUGCACGCAGGGAACGGCACUCCAAGGACUGAAUCGUAUUCAUUGCUAGCGGAUUGACGAGUAUGACGAAACACUGUGCAUGUGUAUAUUUAACAAGACUAGGAAUUAUCUAUGCAUGAAAACGUUAACAUAAAAAUUACAAUUUGACAUUUUCAACACUUGUUAUCUUAGGCGGUGAUUGGUCGACAUUUCUAUCUGCCUUAUUGGGGCUCUAUCUCAGUAUAAGAAAUACUGAUAAAUAAUUGUUGUCAAAAAAAUGUUACCUUUAUAUCUGGAUAAUUCUGUGUAGAAUAGUCAAAUUUGCAAACUUCUUGCAUGAAUUGACCUGUUGACGAUGUGCCAAAUAAACUUAGUACUUUGAAUUCGACUGUGGGAAUAUAAAUACAUUUUUCAAGGUGUA